AUGUCUCUUAGUCCCCGAAUAUUUUUUUUUUCAGCGUCAAAACUUGAAAAAUUUAAAAGAGCGCCUUAUUUUCGAAAAUUAGUCAAUAUUAAUGAUAGUGCAAAUGCAUCCCAUGUUCUUUCUGGUUCUCUUCUUGAUUUAUCUUCGUCUUUCUGUAUUAAUUAUCAUCUACCUCAAUCAAUUACAACAAAUUCAACAUCACCAGAUCUUAUUGCUUUUGAUUCUCCGCCACCACCAUCUCGAACACUAACAACUUUUCCUCAAUCAAAUGGUCUAGCAAGUAAUGUACUUAAUUUAAAUGGUAACACUUCUACAAUUCUACAAGGUCAAACAAGUUUUAUUAAUUCAUUAGAAGCUACGAAUAUUUUUGAUGAAGUUCUGGCAUGUUCAUCUCAACAUACCAAUUUAGUUUCGAUUUCAGCUUCGCAUUCACAAUUCUCCCCUUCAAUCUUAACGAAUUUCAAAGAGUACCUAUGGCAAUUCCGCGAGGAUUUUCCAGUUUAG